GGCCCUCAGAGAGCAGAGAGGCAGCGCGCAGCCGCUCAGUCCGUCAGCCAGCCGGCCGCAAAGCAGCAGCAUCACCGCAUGGAUGACAGCGCAAAGGACCCAGGCUGGGAAACACUUGAACCGAGAACCUCUCUUUAAACUGGUGGAUUUCUGAACGCUUUUCUGAACCUCUCUACGGAAUGAUUGGCAGGUGUUAGGACAUGCUGCCGUGAUGUUACAACCUCCAUCUCCGCUGCGAUAAGAAAAAAAAAACAUGAAGAAAUGACCGGACUGUAGGGCUUACAGCAGGGGAGCUGACAGUAAAUGAGAGGCCAUCACCAUGCCCCCGGGGAAGUAUGGGAUGCAGGAGGAGUGGGAGAAGGAGGGGGACCAAGAGAUUUUCAUGGACUUCUUGUUGCCAACCGGGAUCUUCCUUAAAUUUCCAGUGUCUCAGAAUGACACCAUCAAAAACAUUAAAAAAAUGGUUUGGAAAAAUGCCAGAAGUGAGGCGCUCUUUAGUGGACUGGGUGACCCUGAUGGGUAUGUCUUCACCUGCAUCAAUGAGACAGCAGAGAGGGAGGAACUGGAGGAAGAGUCGAGACGGAUAAGUGAUGUACGGCCUUUCAUGUGUGUUCUGAGACUGGUGGCGAGGGAGGGCAACCGAGUGGAGAAACUCACCAACACCCAGAUCAGCCUGCUAAUUGGCAAAGGUCUGCAUGAGUUUGAUGCCCAGAAGAAUCACGAGGUGGAUGAAUUUCGAGCGAAGAUGCGAACAUUUUGCGAAGAGAAGGCUCAGGAGCGACAGGACUUGCCAUGGAAACAGUGGAUGGAGUACAGCUUUCCAUGCAACUUGGAGCCACGCUGCUCUCCACUAGAGUGUGGGAGCAUGAAGUCAAAAAACAUGAAGAAGAUUUUCAUAAAUGUCAAGUUUGAGGCUUGUGAAGAGAGUUUCAUGCUGCAGCAGGACCCUCAGGACCUCCCAGUGACUCUCAUAAAGAGCGCCCUCAAGAAGAAGGCCACUGUCUUUCGCUCAGUACGGCAGGAGCCAGAAGACUACACCUUGCAGGUCAACGGGAGAUGGGAGUUUGUUUAUGGGAACCAUCCUCUGUGCCAGUUUAAGUACAUUUUCUAUUGUUUGAGAAAUGGACAAAACCCUCAACUCAUCAUGGUGCAUCACUCCACCAUCAGCAAAUAUCAGGAGGAGCAAGGCAGAAUGUGCAGCCAGAAUUAUAAGAGUCGUUCCCUAUCUAGACCUCCUCCUCUGCCCGUGAAGAAACAGAACACCUCCUCUCUCUGGUCCAUCAAUGAGUCUUUCUGUAUUCACCUGGUGCAGGGCAGCCGAGUCAAUGCAGAUGAAGGAAUGAAGCUUGUGGUGCAGGCCGGACUGUUCCAUGGCAGUGAACUGCUCUGUAAGGUGGUGACAAGCUCGGAGGUGUCUGUGUGCUCUGAGCCACUGUGGGACCAGAGGCUGGAGUUUGACAUAAAUGUGUCCGACCUGCCCCGUAUGAGCCGCCUGUGCUUUGCACUCUAUGCUGUCAUUGAGAAAACCAAGAAACCAAAAAGCACCAAAAAGAAGAAUAAGAAAGCGGACUGCCCAAUUGCCUGGGUAAACACCAUGGUGUUUGACUACAAGGACCAGCUGAAAACUGGAGAGUCCCUCCUGUCCACAUGGCCAUCUCUACCUGAUGACAAAAGUGACUUGUUGAACCCAAUGGGAACAGUUGAGAAGAACCCCAAUGUGGACAGUGCUGCUGGGCUUCUCAUACGCUUCCCAAAUAUCCGCCCCUACCCUCUCUAUUAUCCUCCACUUGCCAAGAUAAGUGACUUGGAGAAGAAUGGUGAUGCACUUUUUGCCUCUAAAGAAGAGUACAUGAAACUUAAAGAAAUCAUGGACAACAAAAACUUCACAGAGAUUUUUGAGGAUGAGAAAGAGCUUCUGUGGAAUCUCCGUACCGAAAUCCGCGACUUGUACCCUGAAAGUCUGUCAAAACUGCUCCUCAUCACAAAGUGGAACAAGCGAGAAGAUGUUGUUCAGAUGGUGAGUUUGCUCAGGAGCUGGCCCGAACUCCCUGCCAUCCAUGCUUUAGAGCUCUUAGACUACAGCUUUCCUGAUCCCGCGGUCCGUUCUUUCACUAUCAGAUGCCUCAAGAAGCUCAGUGAUGAUGAACUGCUGCAGUACUUAAUCCAGCUGGUCCAGGUCCUGAAGUAUGAGUCCUACCUAGACUGUGACCUGACAACUUUCCUGCUAGAGAGAGCGUUGUCCAACAGGAGGAUAGGACACUUUCUAUUUUGGCAUCUCAGAUCAGAGAUUCACGUGGCUUCUGUGAGUUUACGUUUUAGCCUGAUUCUUGAGGCUUACUGCCGAGGAAACAUCCACCACAUUAAACUCUUAACCAAACAGACCGAAGCUCUGGGCAAAAUGAAGGCCCUGAGUGACAUUGUCAAGUCAGGCUCGCAGAAGAUGACAGUGGAGUACUUGAGGCUGUGUAUCAAGCAGGAGUCUUAUCUGGAGGCCCUGUCGGACCUACUGUCACCACUCGAUCCCAGUAUCAUCCUCUCUGAGAUCUGUGCAGACAAGUGCAGAUUUAUGGACUCUAAGAUGAAGCCCCUCUGGCUAAUGUACAAGAACCCCUUAACUCAAGGAGACAUGGUGGGCAUUAUCUUCAAAAAUGGAGAUGAUCUUCGACAGGACAUGUUGACUCUCCAGAUGAUUCAGCUCAUGGAGAACCUAUGGAAGAAAGAAGGUCUGGAUCUCAGGAUGAUCCCAUAUGGCUGCUUGUCCACUGGAAACAAAAUGGGACUCAUCGAGAUAGUGAAGAACUCUGACACUAUCGCCAACAUCCAGCUCAACAACAGUAACAGUGCAGCUACUGCUGCCUUCAACAAGGACGCCUUGCUCAACUGGCUCAAAUCUAAGAAUCCUGGGGACAAACUUGAUCAAGCAAUAGAGGAGUUCACGCUGUCCUGUGCUGGCUACUGUGUAGCUACUUAUGUGCUGGGUAUUGGAGAUCGUCACAACGACAACAUCAUGAUCAGGGAAACUGGACAGCUGUUCCACAUUGACUUCGGGCAUUUUCUGGGCAACUUCAAGCGUAAACUUGGGAUCAACAGGGAGCGCGUGCCUUUUAUCUUGACAUAUGACUUUGUCCAUGUGAUCCAGCAAGGACGGACAAACAACAGUGAGAAGUUUGAGAGGUUCAGGGAGUACUGUGAGCGGGCCUACAAGAUCCUGUGUCGGAACGGGACGCUGUUUGUCAACCUCUUCGCUAUGAUGAAGGCAGCAGGGCUGCCUGAGCUGUCCUCUUUCAAAGAUAUCCAGUAUCUCAAGGACUCCUUAUCUUUGGGCAAAUCAGAGGAUGAAGCAUUGAAGAAUUUUAAAGUGAAGUUCAAUGAAGCUCUGCGGGAGAGCUGGAAGACAAAGGUCAACUGGAUGAUGCACUCCUUGGCCAAAGAUAAUAGACCAUGAAAAGCAAUGCACCAAUGAAACUGCCAACAAUAAUUGAUUUUUAAUUUAUAGACAUAAAAAGCAAGAAAGCAGUGAUGAAUUUCAUGGCUGGCAUUCAAAGACAGGCAUUAAGAAAUGUUUACAUGUGACUGGUCUUUCUGUGAUAAAUAACAGCUAAGCAGAGGCACUCAAAGACAAUGCCAUGAUUAUGAUGAAUCAUUUUGACGCAAGUAUUCUCACUCUGCCAUCUUUUUUCCAUUACAAGGAGUGCUUUAGCCUGGAAAACAUGCCAGCCUACAUCUUAAUUCAAGAUUUGGUGAAAUAGCUACCUGAAAACUACUGGCUCAUAUGAAGUGAAAGUAAAAAAAUAAUCUCAUCAACCAACUGCAUUACUCAGCAGAGCGCAAGCUGCACACAAACUGUGUGGUGGCCCAAGAUAUCAGAAUAUGUCACCAGAUCUGAAAUUUCACCUCAAGACUUUUCUACAGUUUACAGUCUUCCAUGGCUCAGCCUUGUCUUUCAUUUUAACCACCUCUUUGCUAAAUAGUGUCUUGUAUUUUUUUUAUUAUUUUUUUGUAUUUUAUUUAAUCUGGUUGCUUUUAGCCACUCAUGAAGUCCUUAAAGUUAAUUUAAAGAGAUGUAUUGUGUCUUAUCGCUGUAACAUUGUAGUGUAAUAUUGACUUGAAGUAUAUAUUUUCUCUUAAGUGCCGGUACACAUGAAGCAUUGUAAAAUGUCAGUCUAAUGUAAGACAAGUUAUGAUUAUUGUUUUGAUAACAUACCUGAGCGCUGGGCUGUACUGGCCAGGAGAAUGUUACCAAGCAGCUACAGUCCAUUAAAUGACAGAUGUGCUCUUUCAGCUCUCUUGCUCAAAUGAGAAGUUCAGUGCAAUUCUCAAAUCUCUGUCAAAUACAAUGCCAGAAACCUGCUGAGCUUAGCACGAAAGUGGAAACAGGUGGAGCUGGUGAACCUGGUCCUGGUGAUAUGUGUUUUGUUUUUUGUUUUUUGGGGGUUUUUUUCUAUUAUCUAUUUAUAUCUUUAAAUAUUAUGUUAAAUGAUUUUGGCAGACAGACUCACAACUAGGCUUACUGUUUUCCUGUUUUUCUUUUUUCUGCUAAGCUAGCAAACCAUCUCCUGGCUGUGCCUUUAUGUUAUCACCCUUUUUUGAAUGGUGUUGACUUUAUUCUUGAAUUUUAUUAAAUGGUCAGCUGUUCAUUUAAUUAGACAACUAUCACUGGCAGCUCCAUAAUGAGAUGACCGCAAGCUAUUUUUAAAGAUGUUUGGCCAGUUCAAAAAACAAAAAGUUGAACAUUGGUCCAGAUGAGACAAUCUGUAGACUCAUAAAAGCCAUUAACUUGUGGUAGUGUAUCUUAUAAUGUGACAUUUGUCACGUGACUUUUUUUUGUGUGUGUGCGUGUGUGUGGAUGUGUACUCUGACUUUUAAGUUUUGCACUGUGAUUUCUGUUGCAUUUUUGACCAGAUGUGCCACAUGCCAUGAGAGAGAUUUCUUGCUUAUAAUAUCAAUCACUGUCAUACUCUGACAUAGCAGAUGCAGCACAAACGUGUCUGUUUAAGUUAACAUUGUGCUGUAUAAUUUAAUUUUCAGGUGCUUAUGGAAUAACUUUACAUGCUGUAUAUCCUGCUGUCUGUCCUGCUUCGAGGACCACUUGAAUGAAUGUGCUUUUUGGUGCCUUUUUAAUUUAGCUGAACAGUUAAAAUGGUCUCUGCUUUUUAUAUAAAUCUCUUUGCAAUGUUGAUUUGCAGAAGAGCAAAUGUAGUUGUAGAUUCCACAGCACAAAGCUACCAAAUCAUUACCUGUGGGAAUUAAACAUUGGUUAUCACUGUCCUCACUAUGGGCUCCACUAAACACUGCUGAGCCACAAGAUGGCUAUUUUUGCUAACUGUAAAAUAUACUGCUGUUGCCUUUUGAGUUGAUUGGAAUGUGGCUGUUUAAUGGUACAAAUUGUUCAAGGCCUGCCAGUGUAGGUCUAAUGAGGAGCUGUAAUUUAUCUGCAUACUGUUUAAGCAUUUGCUAACAUUUGCUGUUGAGAGGAAAAUGUUCUCAAUAAACUGUUUGCAACCAGA